CAGCACCUUUGAUUGCAGUGUGCAGUUCGAAGCUGCCCAAUCUCACAUUUAGAAACUCCGCCUCUCCGGCGUCGCCGUUGCACCCGGCGGCGAUCUCAUUCCGCUCUUAGUCGGAUUCCGGCAAUCUAUCACUCUCUAUCCUUCCCUCUCCCCUAUCUAUCACUCUAUCCAACAAAAAGAAAAGAAAAUCUUCCAAAAAUUUCAACUUCUAGGGUUUAUUUCUUCCUUUCGUGAUUUAUAGGGUUUGGUAUUUUCAGCUUUUUUUUUUUUUAAAAAAAAAAAAGGAGGAGGGGGAAGAAAUAUUAAAAAAAGAACCAAAAAUUUGAAAAUUUUUGAAGAAAAGGAAAUUCCUAGGGUUUCGAUUGAGAUGGCACAGAUUCAAGUUCAGUCUCAGCCGAUGAAUGCUGCUGGGAACCAGUUGGUCACUACAUCUCUAUAUGUCGGCGACUUGGAGCUGAAUGUAACUGAUUCACAGCUUUAUGAUGUGUUUAAUCAGCUGGGUCAGGUGGUCUCCGUUCGAGUUUGUAGGGAUUUGACUAGUCACCAGUCACUCGGCUAUGGGUAUGUCAAUUAUGGCAACCCACAAGAUGCUGCAAGGGCAUUGGAGAUGCUGAACUUCACUCCUAUAAAUGGAAAGUCCAUCAGGAUAAUGUAUUCUCAUCGUGAUCCUAGUAUACGCAAAAGUGGGGCCGGAAAUAUAUUUAUAAAGAAUUUGGAUAAGGCAAUUGACCACAAAGCACUGCAUGAUACAUUUUCCGCAUUCGGUAACAUUCUCUCUUGCAAGGUAGCUACGGAUUCCUCGGGUCAGUCAAAAGGAUAUGGUUUUGUGCAAUAUGACAGUGAGGAAGGUGCCCAAAAAGCUAUCGAACAGCUGAAUGGUAUGCUAUUGAAUGAUAAGCAAGUAUAUGUUGGGCCCUUCCUUCGUAAGCAGGAGAGAGAAACGGCUACGGACAGGACAAAAUUUAAUAAUGUCUUUGUAAAGAAUCUCUCAGAAUUGACUACAGAUGAAGAUCUGAAGAAAGCAUUUGGCGAAUUUGGAUCAAUCACUAGUGCAGUAGUGAUGAGGGAUGAGGAUGGAAACUCUAGAUGCUUUGGAUUUGUCAACUUUGAGAAUGCCGAUGCUGCUGCUAAAUCUGUUGAGGCUCUUAAUGGACAAAAAAUUGAUAAUAAGGACUGGUAUGUUGGGAGAGCCCAAAAAAAAUCUGAAAGGGAAAAUGAACUGAAACAGCGGUUUGAACAAACUGUGAAGGACGCUGUGGAUAAAUCUCAAGGACUGAACCUGUACAUUAAAAAUUUAGAUGAUACCAUUGGUGACGAUAAACUCAAGGAAUUGUUCUCUCCAUUUGGUACCAUUACUUCAUGCAAGGUUAUGAGAGACCCUAAUGGCAUAAGUAGAGGAUCUGGGUUUGUCGCGUUUGCAAUUCCUGAAGAGGCAUCUAGAGCUCUCUCGGAGAUGAAUGGCAAGAUGGUAGUGAGCAAACCUCUUUAUGUUGCACUAGCACAAAGAAAGGAAGAUAGAAGAGCAAGGUUGCAGGCACAAUUUUCUCAAAUGCAUCCAGUUUCAAUGGCACCUUCAGUUCUUCCUCGUAUGAUGAUGUACCCUCCUGGUGGUCCAGGUCUUGGACAACAAAUAUUCUAUAGACAAGCCCCUCCUAUCAUUCCUCCCCAGCCUGGUUUUGGGUAUCAGCAACAACUGGUUCCUGGUAUGAGGCCUAGUGGGGCUCCCAUGCCAAAUUUCUUUAUGCCAAUGGUUCAGCAGGGACAGCAGGGGCAGCAUCGUGGUGGCAGACGUGCAGGUUCUGUUCCAAUGCAGCAGAACCAACAGCCAGUUCCGCUAAUGCAGCAGCAGAUGCUUCCUAGGGGGCGUGUCUACCGUUACUCCCCGGGGCGUGGCUUACCUGACGUUUCUAUGCCAGGUGUUGCUGGAGGCAUGCUUUCUGUUCCAUAUGAUAUGGGUGGCAUGCAGCUGCGUGACACAGGAAUGUCUCAGCCAGUUCCAGUUGGAGCUUUGGCUUCUGCCCUUGCAAAUGCUACUCCAACGGAUCAGAGGACGAUGUUGGGCGAAAACCUGUACCCACUUGUGGAUCAGCUGGAACCUGAAAAUGCAGCUAAGGUAACUGGCAUGCUCUUGGAGAUGGAUCAGACGGAGGUGUUGCACUUGCUCGAGUCACCGGAAGCGCUGAAAGCAAAGGUUGCAGAGGCCAUGGAAGUCCUGAGGAAUGUUACUCAGCAGCAGCAGCAGCAAGCCAGCAGUCCUGCUGAUCAAUUGGCCUCAUUGUCAUUGAAUGAUGGCCUUGUUUCUUGAGUGCUUGUCUUCUUUUCGGUAAGUUUUGAGUGCGUGACUUAAAAUAAGGAGUUUUUACUCCCUAAAGUACUUCGUAUGAGUCAGUUUUAGGUGUGUCGCAGAGACUCGAGUCCUCUAGCAAAGGAAAGUACUGGUUUUUGUAUGGCUUUAGACUAUAUUAUGUGUGUUUUUCCAGAGAUAUGAUAUUUAUGCCUAUCGUUUUCCAUCAA